GUAACCCACACUGCGUUACCUUGAGAGUCAGAGUCGGAGUCAGAGUCAACACUGGGUUCAGACGUGAACUAAAACUUCUCUUCUGUGCGGAAUCGAACUCGUCUCCUCUCAACUCGAGAAUAUGGCGCAGUGGUGCCAGUUGCAGAUGCUGGACUGUAAGUACCUGGAGCAGGUGGACCAGCUCUAUGACGACUCCUUCCCCAUGGACAUCAGACAGUAUCUGAGCAAAUGGAUCGAGAGCAUCGACUGGGACACAGUGUCGAUUCAGGAGUCCCUGGCCACCGUCCGGUUCCACGACCUCCUGGCUCAGCUGGACGACCAACACAGCCGCUUCGCCCUUGAGAACAACUUCCUGCUGCAGCACAACAUCCGCAAGAUUAAGAGGAACCUGCAGGACCGGUUCCAGGAUGAUCCAAGCAACAUGGCCAUGAUCAUCUCCAGAAACCUGAAGGAGGAGCAGAAGAUCCUGGACAGCGCAAAGAGCGCCAAUCAGGAGGGUGAGGGGACAGUGUCGGCCAUGGUGGUGGAGAAACAGAAGCUGGACAACAAAGUGAAGGAGAUAAAAGACACAGUCCAGUUUGUGGAUCAGAACAUUAAGAACGUGGAGUACAUGCAGGACGAGUACGACUUCAAAAUCAACACAUUGAAGAACAGAGAGAUCGAACCGAACGGAAUGACACCGCAGGAGCUGGAGAGAGAGAAACUGCUGAUCGGGAGGAUGUGCUUCGAGCUGAAGGCCAAACGACAGGAUGUGGUGACCCAGCUGACGGACCUCCUGAACGUCAUCCAGGCAUUACUGUCGAACCUGAUCUCCGAGGAGCUGCCCGAGUGGAAGCAGCGGCAGCAGAUCGCCUGCAUCGGAGGUCCACCCAACGCCUGCGUGGACCAGCUCCAGAACUGGUUCACGGCAGUAGCGGAGAGUCUGCAGCAGGUCCGGCAGCACCUGAAGAAGCUGCAGGAGUUGGAGCAGAAGUUCACCUACGACAGUGACCCCAUCACACAGAAGAAAACCUUCCUGGAGAACCGAGCUCUGGAUCUCUUCAAGAACCUCCUCUCCAACUCUCUGGUUGUGGAGAGGCAGCCCUGCAUGCCCACCCACCCUCAGAGGCCCCUGGUGCUGAAAACAGGCGUCCAGUUCACCGUGAAACUACGGUUCCUGGUGAAGCUGCAGGAGUUCAACUACCAACUCAAAGUCAAAGCUAUGUUUGACAAGGACGUUACAGAAAAGAAAGGGUUUCGCAAGUUCAACAUUUUGGGAACAAACUCCAAAGUGAUGAACAUGGAGGACUCGAACGGCAGCCUGGCAGCCGAGUUCAGACAUUUGCAACUGAAAGAGCAGAAAGUCGCCGGGAACAGAACGAACGAGGGUCCUCUGAUCGUCACUGAGGAGCUCCACUCGCUCACCUUUGAGUCCGAGCUGCAGCUCAACCAGUCGGGACUCGACAUCAAACUGGAGGCCAUGUCUCUGCCUGUCGUGGUCAUCUCCAACGUCUGUCAGCUGCCCAGCGGCUGGGCCUCCAUCCUCUGGUACAACAUGCUCACCACCGAGCCCAAGAACCUGAAGUUCUUCCUCUCUCCUCCGCCCGCCAACUGGUCUCAGCUGUCCGAGGUCCUCAGCUGGCAGUUCUCCUCCGUCACCCAGCGGGGCCUGAACCAGGAGCAGCUCAACAUGCUGGCCGACAAACUGCUGGGAGCCAGAGCCAAGAGGAACCCAGAGGGACUGAUCCCCUGGACCAAGUUCUGCAAGCAGAGUGCCAAUGAGAAAGCUUUCCCCUUCUGGUUGUGGAUCGAAGGAAUCCUGGACCUCAUUAAAAGACACCUGCUGUCCCUGUGGAACGACGGCUCCAUCAUGGGUUUCAUCUGUAAGGAGCGGGAGAAAGCUCUGCUGAGUGACAAGUGUCCCGGCACCUUCCUGCUCAGGUUCAGUGAGAGCAGCAGAGAGGGAGCCAUCACCUUCACCUGGGUCGAACACGACGUACACGACAAGCCGGACUUCCACUCUGUGGAGCCGUACACCAAGAAGGAGCUGAGCGCCGUCUCUCUGCCCGACAUCAUCCGCACCUACAAGGUGAUGGCUGCCGAGAACAUCCCAGAGAACCCGCUCCGCUUCCUCUACCCCAACAUCCCCAAAGACAAGGCCUUCGGGAAGUACUACCCCAAACCUGUGGAGACUCCAGAGCCGAUGGACGUGGAGAACCAAUUGAAGAGAUGCUACAUGAAGACGGAGCUCAUAUCCGUGUCAGAAGUAUCUCCCUCCAGACUGCAGGACAACAUAAUGCCCAUGUCUCCGGACGAGUACAAGGUUCUCGAGCAGGCGAUCGGACACAGAGACAUCGAUGCUGUGGCCAGCUCUAUGAUUGGACUCGAUCAGUUUGACAUUCAGGUAGACGCAGCUUUAAUCUGUUGCUCUGCUACAUCAUGUGUGUGUUUCCAGUUUGCGUCACUGCUGCACUUCACUAACAGCCUGUGGCUUCUCUUCCACGUUUGUUUUCAUUGAGCGGAG